AUGGAAGCUUUAAUGAUCAAGAACAAGUCGAUGAUAAAUCCAGCCUACCUCGCUGCUGCAGGCAUGCAAUCUUGCUCAGGCGUCGCUAUCCCUAUGACCCCUACCUACGGAAAGGCGGACCGCACUACCAUGUCGACCGAAGGCGUUGAUGUUAACGAAUACCAGAGCCUCGUAGGCAGGUUGAAUUGGUUGACCACUAAAACGAGGCCUGAUCUACGCCACGCCAUGUUUCGCCUCCAGAGACGCAUGCACGCCCCUACUACGGUAGAUGCAAAAGCGUUGAAGGUUGUAUACAGACAUCUACGAGACACCAUUACCUACGGGAUCACGCUGGUACCUGAUCACACCAAAGGAAUCGAAGACUACGUGGAUGCUGCACAUGCCGUCACGAAGAUUGCAAAUCUACAGAGGGAUACGUCAUCUUCUACGCCGGCGGUCCCAUUACCUGGUCGUCCAACAAGCAAAAAGCCUUGA